AUGUUUUCGCAUUUACUUCAAUGGAGUAGUUAUAAUGAUGAAUUAGCCGACGCACGUCAAGGUGUGUACACAUAUCGUGCUCACGGUUCAAUUUAUCAUCGUAUUGGUGGAUUAUUACCUUUGAACUCAAAUGAUCGUCCUCGAUUCCUUCAAAUGUACAUAUAUGAUACCGAGCAUGAAAAUGAGCAUCGAAUGGCAGAAAAUGCAACGUUAAGAGUGGAUAUCAUUGAUAGGAUUAAAAAUAUUUUGAACGAGCAUAAUCCUUUUGUCCAUACUCUCCGACAUCUUGCUCAACGAGAUGACAUACAACAAUGCAAGUUUGUCAUAAAAGAGCAACCUCCUAACCAACAUAAUUAUUCAAUGCCUUCAGCCUCUCAAGUUGCAGCAGUUGUUGUCGGAGGUGAUGAUAUUGCCAACCUGAAAGAAAGGGAUGUCAUGGUAGAGUCCGUCACUGGACGACUCAUGUCUACUAAAGAGACUGCAGGCUAUUACGAUCCACUACAAUAUCCUCUAUUAUUUCCUUACGGCUCUUACGGUUGGGAUUUAAACACCAGAUCUUUAACUGGCAAGAAGAUAACAUGCCGAGAAUUUUAUUCGUAUAUGUUUCAGAUGAGAGAAUGUUAUGAUUCUAUAGUCUUAAGAGCUGGCCGGUUAACUCAACAAUUUGCUGUGGACAACUGUGUAAAGAUGCAAGCAUCCAAUUUGAGAUGGGUUGCACUCAACCAAGACACAAUUCGUGCAGAUUUGUACAAGGGACUAGAGGAUUCAUACAAUGCCGGAGAACACAAUACAGAAAAUGUUGGACGAAGAACUAUACUUCCAUCAUCAUUUGUUGGGAGUCCGCGAGAUAUGCAUCAACGAUACCAAGAUGCAAUGGCUUUGGUGCACAAAUUUGGCAAGCCAGACAUAUUCCUUACUAUGACGUGCAAUCCGUCGUGGUCAGAAAUAGUAGCAGAAUUACUACCUGGCCAACAACCUCAUGAUCGUCCAGACUUGCUAACAAGGGUAUUUCAUGCCAGACUCGAGGAGUUAAAAAAGGAUGUGUUAGAAAGGAAUGUUCUCGGGAAGGUAGUUGCUUAUGUAUAUGUGAUUGAAUUCCAAAAACGAGGGCUUCCACAUGUUCAUAUGUUACUAAUUCUUGACCAAAGUGACAAGCUUGCCACUCCUGAUGAUUACGAUAAAAUAGUGAGAGCAGAAAUUCCUGACCAACAACAAGAACCAGAGCUCCAUAAAAGGAUUCUAAAACACAUGAUUCACGGUGUCCAGAAUCCACGUUCACCAUGCAUGAAACAAGGGAGUUGUAAGAAGGGUUUCCUAAGUCAUUCUCUAAUUGUACAAAGCAAGGAAAUGACUCAUAUCCCAUCUAUUGUCGGCGUGAAGAUGCUCCACCUGUACCGUUACGUGAGAAUUCACGAGUAA